CACCUUGGUCGGCCACAGCAAUAACAGUUUUGGGAAUGUUGGUGCUGCGGUGCUCCCAUCGCUGCGCAGGCUUUGCAUUCAGGGUGUUGCUUCAGAAGCGCUCGACCCGGCCGUGGGUUGUAUCUCCUCGCUGACCGAGCUGUCCCUGUGGGAGAUGCCUGCUCUGCUGUCUCUCCCUGAUUCCAUCUCGCGACUGUCGAAUCUGCAAUCACUUCACAUCCGCGACGCCAAGAGUUUGGAAGCACUGCCAGAAGCACUUGGACAACUCUCCGGGCUUACUUCCAUCAAUCUUGCUGAACUGGAAUGUUUACGUAUGCUGCCCGAGUCACUUGGGCAGCUGAAGAAGCUCGACUUUCUGUCCAUCACAGGCUGCUCAAAGCUAACCACCCUUCCAGAAUCGUUCUCUAGUCUGUGCAGGCUGCAGCACUGUGCCCUCAAUGACAGUCUGCAGUUGUCUUUCCUUCCAGAGGGCUUUGGCAAUCUCUCCUCACUCCAAAGCCUCGAUCUGUCUGAGCUGCCCAAUCUUCGCAGCCUGCCCGAUUCUUUCACGCAGCUGCGCCGGCUCAAGCGUGUGCAAGUGCACGACUGUGCGCAGCUGGCUCAGAUGCCGGCCUCUCUCCGUGACAUGCCGAUGCUGCAGAGAUGCAAGAUCAGCGCCUGCCCUCUGAUAACAAGCGGAUACCAGCUGAUAUUUGGGAGGACGUACGCGGAGGACGUCGAAUGAGGGAGCGGAUGGGGAGGAGAUGGAA